GUGUGUGAUAUAAAGAAGUGUGAAAGCUGAGUUAAACUGAAGAAUCAAGAGGCCUUACCUAUUGUUGACCAAUCUCAGUAGAGUUUAAUAAUUAGGUGACUUUGAACUCGAGGGAAUCUAGAACUUCAGGAGUGUAGUGGGAUUCUAAGAAGAGAAGAAGCAAAAAUAUGGCUGAGAACUCAACCAUCCCAAAGUUGAAGGACGAGGCCCUGCUAAACUCCUUUAAAACGCAACUAAAUGACAACGUUCAACUUAUAUUGCUUAACUUUGAGGAGCUCCUUAGAAUGGUGUCCAUUGGAACUCGAGGCCAAAUCCCUGAUGCCACGCAACAAGAAAUGCAUGCUCUUGAAAUGCAAUUGCGUUCCGGCAAUUUGAUUCGCGCAGCAGAAGCUCUAAUGAAGCUAGUCAAUGACAUUAAGGAGUACCACAUUAUUUACGAUUCUUUGUCCAUCGAAGAGGAAAUGAAUAGAUACUCGGAAUUGCAACGUGACAAACAAGUCGAGUAUGACCGAAAAAUAUCCGAAAUUGUUAAGGAUUUGGACGACCACCUGACCGAAUUGGAGGAGGAGUACUACGAGUUCUCCAGUUAUUACUAGGAGCAGAGCACAUCCCAUUAAACACUUUCUUUUAACUUGAGAUUAUACAAACAGGACGAAAAGAUAAACCUACCUUAGGAAGAACAAUUAACAAACAAUAAACAAUACACAAUAAA